UGUACCUGGACAGCAAACUGAGCAGAAAUAAGCUACCAUGACCUGGCGACUGAGGAAAAUGCACAGAUGACUCAAAAGGCUGCCAAAGAUGCUUCACUGUAAAGUUUCCAUUGAUUGAUGGUGAUGGUGAAGAUUCUGAAGUCCAGUUGUACCGGAUCAUAAAUCUACGUGGAGUAUUUUUUGGAUAUUACUGUGCUUUCAAGGAUUAUCAAGGCGCUUAUUGAUAGAAACUGUGGUUCGUCUUCAGAAUUAUUUAGCAUGGAAUUUUCCCACCUGCAUUUAUGUGAAUAACUAAUUCUAAAAAUUGCAGAUAAGUGAAUUUUUCCCCAGUAGAGCAAUUCAGUAUUAAUAUGCUAAGGUUGAGUCUAGUUUAAAAAACUCUUUUAAUUAUUGCUGAUCAAAGAAGGGGACAUUUUUUUUAGCUCUCUUGCAUUGUUUGAUAUGAAGUAGUGUUUCUCCUUUGCAAUUUUAUUUUUCCUGCAGCCAAAGCUUUACUAUUAAUGAAACAGGGCUGUGGCAGUGAGUGUUCAGAGCUGAGGACAAUUUUGAGGUUGUUUGCUUGCUUGUAAAUGGAGAGAGAUCUUUAGAUUAAAUAGCUGUAGCUUUCCUUGGUUUACCUGUGUGUGUUUCAUUUAGAUUUAAUUUCAAAUAGCCAGAUGUCAAGACAGAACGAAGCUGGAUUUAUUAAGAGGAAGAAGCCGCUUGGGAACCUGUCAAGAACACCAACGACAAACAAUUCUGCACUCUUCUUUUUCCUUUUCAAAUUCAUUCUGCUUUGCUUAAUUCCAUAUUAUUUUUUCUUACUUAUAAGAAGGAAGCCAAUUUAGAUGUUGGUGGGGAAGAGGACCCAGUGACAGAACUCUGAAGGCUAUGAGAGAACGCAGUCCACACAGCCUUGGUGGACACAUACUGUAUGUAGGACUAUCGAGAGACCCAGGGAUGCUUCACAGAGCUAAGUACAGUCGUUUUAGAAAUGAGUCCCUCACUUCAUUGGAGGAAGAGGUACAGAAUGGCCCUGUGCAUCUCAAAGGCUCUUUGUCUUCUCGUUCCUCAGCACCAAAUAUACCCAUCGAAGAUGUCACUGUUGGGACCCCGGACAGCUCCGUGGCUCUGUGCACCUUGAUACCUCGCAUGGGUAACAUUAAGCUGGCCAACACGUCCACCUUACCAAGCUUAAAGAACUUCUGCCUACGGACUAAAGAGGUGCCAAGAAUUAAACUCACAGAAUGUGCCACUGUCCCCAGCAGUCCAACCUUGCCAGAGAUCAACUUAACCAGCUGCCUGUCUGCUGCCUAUUCCCGAGGGGACCCAGACAAGCCAGGAAAGACAAGCUCGGACUUCCAGAAGGACAAUUUGUUGCUGGGCUCUGAAGAAUCUGCCUUCAUCUCUAAACAGGAGAAAGACACCAGGCAGAGGGGCGAAUCCAGUUUGGAGACCGGCAUAUCAUACACCAUCCGAUAUAUGGGCUGUAUUGAAGUGUUGCAGUCAAUGAGGUCUCUGGAUUUUGGCACUCGGACGCAAGUUACCAGGGAAGCGAUAAGUCGGCUGUGUGAAGCUGUGCCAGGAAUACAUGGGGCCGUAAAAAAGCGGAAGCCUCCGGCUAAAUUUCUGUCUCCUGUGCUUGGUAAAAGUAAUCUUCAGUUUUCUGGCAUGAAUAUAAAACUGACCGUCUCAACAACCAGUCUUACUCUUCUGAAUGUUGAGGCCCAACAGAUUAUUGCCAAUCACCACAUGCAGUCAAUUUCAUUUGCAUCUGGAGGUGAUCCUGAUACAACUGACUAUGUUGCCUAUGUUGCUAAAGAUCCUGUGAAUCAAAGAGCAUGCCAUAUAUUGGAAUGUCCCAGUGGGAUAGCCCAGGAAGUCAUAAAUACCAUCGGACAAGCUUUUGAGCUCCGGUUCAAACAGUACCUGAAAAAUCCUUCUGCUUUAAUUGCUUCCAAUGAAAGAGAUGUGGUAAACCUAGGGAGAUCCACAUGGAAUGCUCAGGAUAAAGAGGACCAUGAAUAUUAUAAUGAAAUCCCAGGGAAAGAGCCCCCUACAGGUGGACUGUUGGAUAACAGACUGAAAGUAUUCCCGGAACAAAGAACAACCAGGCCGAUGCACCAUGAACAGCAGCACUGCCCAACUGAGAGUCCCAAAACCAUGAAUAUAUAUGAAAACUGCCCAGAAGAACAGAAGCCGACAGAUAAUUGCAGUGAGCCGGUGCAGACAGCAAGGAAAGAUACUCCACUGCUGAAAAAUGCAAGCAAAGGGGAUCUUUUUGAUGACCCUCGAUAUAUCAACACACAAAAUUUGCAAACGACACUGUGUACCACUAGCGGCCUCACAUCAGGACAGACCUGUGGAAGUCCAGUUCAUGAUUCAAGACCAUUGGAAACUGUUGAGCGGGACCUUUCCAACAACAGGGAAGAUCUUGGAGGCAUCACAGGCCCAAAACCACAGCUGUGGAAUGAAGAAUGUUACCACGGAAAGUUAACCAGGAAGGCCGCCGAAAGCCUCUUGGUGAACGAUGGGGAUUUUUUGGUACGAGAAAGUGUGACAUCUCCUGGCCAGUAUGUUCUGAGUGGGUUGCAAGGAGGUCAAGCAAAGCAUCUGUUGUUGGUGGAUCCUGAAGGCAAGGUUAGAACCAAAGAUCACGUAUUUGACAGUGUGGAUCAUCUCAUUCGCUAUCACAUGGAAAAUAAAUUACCAAUCAUCUCCUCUGGAAGCGAAUUAAAUCUGAGCCAGCCAGUAAAGAAAGGGACUGGGCCCUUGCAAUAUAACAAAUAAUUUUCUUGGGUCACAUUAUUUUCAACACAAUUCUUUUUCCUAAUAAACUCCAGGGAUCAUUCUGAAAUUUGGUUCCAAGGAAUCUAGACCUGCAAAGAACAGGUGGCGCUUCUAGAAGAUUUCUUCGCGCGCGCGCGUGUGUGUACAUAUGCCUAUGUGAUUAUCUAUUUGCAUCUAUACAUUUCCAUCUUUGAUUGGCUAGAGCAGUUUAGCUUAGCAAAAUGAAACCUCAGAGAGUGAUGGAUUGGGGAGAAAUCAGGCACUGGAGUCACCAAAAAAAAGGAAGAAUUUUAGAAUCAGUAGGAAAUGAAAAAGCACAAUCAAACUUUCACAAGCAAAAGAAAACCUGACUUGAAAAACUGCUGGGAUAUUAGUAUGUGCCUUUAAUCUAGGAAUUUUAGAGAAAUAAACUAUUUCUAUUGGAAAUAUUUUGAGUUAACAAAUUAAUUUGUGUAGAUCUAAGAACUAAUUACAAAAAAGUAAAUCUGAAAAGGACAACCAGGCAGACAACUUCCAUUAUGAUACGGCUUUUUUGUUGAUACUCACACUUCAAAACUCACUUUCUUCAUUAAUGAUCUCAUCAGUUUUGGCACAAUGUAGGAGAAAGACCAUAGCUUAAAAGGUUCCAUGCAAAAUUCAGUAAGGUAUAAUUAGUUACUAGCAUUAAUAUUAUCAUCCCUCCAUUUCUCUGUUUGGCCUAACUAUAGCUUUCUCAUUUUCUAGUAACUGCAAUGUUGGCAAAAUUUAAUUAUGUAAACUAAGUAAAAGUCUAAACCACAAGUUGACACUGCUUGAUUUAGGUUUGCCUUCAAAAAAAACUAGCCUUGCUCCUAUGCCUUUAACAGUAGUACGGCAUGUGUUGUAUGCUUAAGUGAUAGAUGAAGCUCUCUCUGCUGAAUUUCUGCAUGUCAAACUACUGUUGAAGGCAGAACAGCUGAACUAGAAUAAGCCUGAAAUUAAAAGGAUGGCAAGCCCAGUUAGAGAAGUCUCAAAGACCACUUUACUAAUAUUGUCAGCAAACAUCAGAAAUAACUUUCAUUCUUAAAUGGAAUUAUGUUUACAAUGUAGAGAUGCUAAAUGAAACCAGUUAUGUAUUAUUUUGCAGGGGAAGUUAUUUUAAACCAGUAUAUAUAUAUUUUUUCUUUUUUAACUUUGCAUCCAGUAUGCUUUUUCUCUUCCAUGCCAACUGUGUGUGGUCCUCUCUGUUCUUUUACAACUCAUUUGUUUCUAAACAAUUAAGAUGUGUUUUAUAAAUAAAUGAAUAUACAUGCUGCAUUGUC